CGCCUCCUCACUGCGCAGGCGCGCGGUGGAUGGCGGUCACCCGGCCCAGAGCGCCCUGCGCCCCCGAGUGGACCACCCCUCUGAAACGGCAGGACGGCCAGCUCGGCGUCCUGUGUUAUCAGCGAAGGGAAGGGACUAUAAAAAUAGGUGCCCGCCCUCUUCGACGAGGUGGCCAUCUACUUCUCCGACGAGGAGUGGGAGGUGCUGACCGAGCCGCAGAAGGCGCUGUACCGGGAGGUCAUGAGGAUGAACUACGAGACCGUGCUGUCCCUGGAAUUCCCGUUCCCAAAGCCAGACAUGAUCUCCCGGCUGGAUGGGGAGGCGGAGUCUCAGAGCCCGGACGCUUGGCAGCUCCAGGGAGGAAGCUUUGCAGAACACGAGGAAGCGGACGUCAAGCCUCCGGACUGGGCCGGCCCCGUGCACACUGUGGCCCCGUUCCCGCCACCGCCGCCACAGCCCCUGGACGGCUUCGGGCUCCGCCUGCCCCGGGACAUCGCCGACCUGCCCGAGUGGGGCGAGGGGUACCCCUUCUACAUGGCCGUGGGCUUCCCGGGGUACGACCUCUCGGCCGACGACCUGGCCGCCAGGUUCCAGUUCAGCCGGGGCGUGCGCCGCAGCUACGACGCGGGCUUCAAGCUGAUGGUGGUGGAGUUCGCCGAGGGCACCAACAACUGCCAGGCGGCCAAGCAGUUCGGCGUGCUGGAGAAGAACGUGCGCGACUGGCGCAAGGUGAAGCCGCAGCUGCAGAGCGCGCACGCCAUGCGGCGGGCCUUCCGGGGCCCCAAGAACGGCCGCUUCGCCCUGGUGGACCAGCGCGUGGCCGAGUACGUGCGCUACAUGCAGGCCAAGGGGGACCCCAUCACCAGGGAGGCCAUGCAGCUGAAGGCCCUGGAGAUCGCCCAGGAGAUGAACAUCCCCGAGAAGGGCUUCAAGGCCAGCCUGGGCUGGUGCCGCCGGAUGAUGCGGCGGUACGACCUGUCGCUGCGGCACAAGGUGCCGGUGCCCCAGCAGCUGCCCGAGGACCUGACCGAGAAGCUGGUCACCUACCAGCGCAGCGUGCUGGCGCUGCGCCGGGCGCACGACUACCAGGUGGCCCAGAUGGGGAACGCGGACGAGACGCCCAUCUGCCUGGAGGUGCCGUCCAGGGUCACCGUGGACAACCAGGGGGAGAAGCCCGUGCUGGUGAAGACGCCGGGCCGCGAGAAGCUGAAGAUCACCGCCAUGCUGGGCGUCCUGGCGGACGGCCGGAAGCUGCCGCCCUACAUCAUCCUGAGGGGCACGUACAUCCCGCCGGGGAAGUUCCCCAGCGGCAUGGAGAUCCGCUGCCACCGCUACGGCUGGAUGACGGAGGACCUCAUGCAGGACUGGCUGGAGGUGGUGUGGCGGCGGCGCACGGGCGCUGUGCCCAAGCAGCGCGGCAUGCUGAUCCUGAACGGCUUCCGGGGCCACGCCACCGACUCGGUGAAGAGCUCCAUGGAGAGCAUGGACACCGACAUGGUCAUCAUCCCGGGGGGCCUGACCUCGCAGCUGCAGGUGCUGGACGUGGUGGUGUACAAGCCGCUCAACGACAGCGUGCGCGCGCAGUACUCCAACUGGCUGCUGGCGGGCAACCUGGCGCUCAGCCCCACGGGCAACGCCAAGAAGCCGCCCCUCGGCCUCUUCCUGGAGUGGGUCAUGGUGGCGUGGAACAGCAUCUCCAGCGAGGCCAUCGUCCAGGGCUUCAGGAAGUGCCACAUCUCCAGCAAGCUGGAGGAGGAGGAGGACGUCCUGUGGGAGAUCGAGGGCGAGCUGCCGGGCGGCGGGGAGGUGCCGGCGGAGGGCAGAGCCGAGAGCCGCUGAGCGCCCGCGCGGCCGAGCACAUGCCGCUGUGUUUGCGACGGUGGGGGGGGGAAGCCCACGAGAAGACUGCAGACGACCCGGUGCACCGGCGGCGGCCGGUCUGGACGGCACGUCGCCCCUGACCCCCCCCCGGGCGUCCCGCCCCACCCCCGUGGGCGGCCGUGCGUCCAGCACCCUUCACUUCGCCCGAGACGUGCUUAGGAAAGACACUGCUCCUGCCCCAUUCCUCGUGGCGGCGACGCUAGGGUCCGCCGGGAGACACCUGUACAUACGGUGACGGAGGUUAUUUCCUGGAGAAGAGGCCGUUCCUUCCACAGCAACAAAGAGCUCGUCGAAAGAGCACGCCACGCCACGCCAGCGGCACGCUUUCCGGGGAGGAAGCCUCACAUCGUGGUUUUCUUCUGCCUUUAAAACUGCUUCCAGGGCCAGAGCCGGCCUGUCCCCGGCGAGGCAGGACUGCAGAGAUGGCCACGCCGGGACCUGGGACCCGUGCUGUGUGCACGUCCCCCGCUCCCUCUUUUAGAGAAAGGAGGUGCUGGGGACCCCGGAAUCCAGACAUCCCGGCCGGGGACCAGCUGGGGGCUUUUCUGCAGAUGAGCUAGGUUCGUGGGCAAGACACAGGCGAGUGGACGUGGUGCCGUUGUAUUUAUCUUCCCGAUCAGGUUGGCAGCUAGACUUUUUCCGGGCCUCGUUGAACGGCCCCGGUUUCUGUUACGAUUCUGUUCGACGGCCGGGCAGCCCCUGGCACGCGGGUGCCGCUGUUUCUCAGAGGUCAAGUGUGAGUGGUCCGCCGUCCGCAUGGCACCAGCUUCCUCGCCGCCUGCGGUUUGUUUUCUUCGCUCCUUUAGUGUUUUUAUCACGAGGGCGGGGGGAGGGGGUUUGGGUCUUUAGCCACAGCUGUUUCGAGCCCCGAACCUGCCACCCUCAGGACAGGCGGGAGGCCUCUCUGAGCUCUUACACUGUAGCGGUCCGCCUUCCCCUGUGGACCGUGGACCGAGUGUCGUGAAAACAUUCCUUCAAAGCUACCAGCGCUGCAGAAGGCAGGCCAGGACCCCCCGGACAAAGCCAUCGCUAGGAACGCCACCCCAGUGCCAGCUCUGGGGACGGCCUCCGCUGUCCUGCCCGCGCACUCUGCCCGUGCGUGUGUGCGGCGCGGUUCUCGGCAUCUGACACACCUAUCUCUACUCAGGUACUCGUUUUCCUAUCGGCAAAACACCUCUCUCCUUUUUUAAAACCGGUGUUCCUCCACACGGGGGAGUGUCACUUAGUGUCUGGGAUCGGAGUGACUUCCCGUGUCUGAACUGUUUCCCAAACUGGACCGCGUGCUUCAUCCUCUCGAGUGGCUUCGAAACCCAGCUACUUGGCAUUCCAGGAGUUUCCAUUCCCUCCGGUUCCACUUAAGUUAUCCUCCAUGUUCCUGGCUGCUGCCCCUACUGCUGUCCUGUUUGACUUGCUUUGGGAGCGUGAAGGACUCUGGGAGACCGGAUGCUGGGCGCCCGCCCCUGGAGCCGCGGGGUCUGGCAGAGACGAGUGGCUGGUGGGUUCGGCUCCUGACACAUUCCGCCAACACCUCGAGUCCCGGCGGCCGCCAGCAGGGGGCGCUGUGCGGGCUGCCCGGCGCCGGGACGCCCCUGGGGAGGCGGCUCUGCUCUCCGGCUCCCUAGGCGCCCGCUGCCACUGACUCCGUUCCGACCUCUGCCUGGUGGCCCCGGACCGACACUAGCACACGUGGAGACGUAGCCGCACUCCCCAGUAGGUAGGCGCUGACCCCGACAAUAAACUUGGAUAAACGAGA